AUGGCUGUAAAUUUUAAUGACCCAGCCUGUGGCUUCUAUCAGAGGGAGGUUGUAGAUUUCUUAAAUCAGCAAAUAGUUAAAAAUGAAGUCAGUUCCUACUUCUACUCGUUGCGCAAGAGCAAGUCUUGGGGGGAUAUGGAGAAGAAGUUGAGGGACAUUGUGACUAACUCAGCUAUAUCGGGACGCCUCAAGGAGGCGUGUGCCUGGAGCUCCCUGGCCCUAGUGGUGCGGUUUGCUAAGAGGCAGAAGUCGGAGGAUGCAGAAAAGGUAAAAAAGCUCCAGGAUCAGCUCGAGGAGCAGAAGCUUCUCACAAAAGCCUUGAGGGGGACGGUGAGUAAACUCAGGGUGAUGCAAGAGAGGGAAAAGGAGAAAGCCCAGUCCCAACUUCAACAAAGUCUCACAAUCCUUCAUGAAAUAGAGGAAGAGCGGAACUUACUCAGGAGUGAGCUUAUUAGGGUGUUAAGCACUCAGUCUCGGCAGCAGGUCGGAACUCGGGGAGAGGCGAAGGAAAAGGAGGCACAGACGUCAGCGAUGCCUACGUAUUCUCAUGGCACAGCAGAUUGCUGGCUGAGGGGGAAGGCGGGGAAGGGAUCAGACCAAGAGACCGCUGCUCUUCCUGAGAUGGCUGCCGUAGGGGGAGAGGCAAAGAAGGAGAAAGUGAUUUCUCAAUGGGGGAACGACGAGGGGGUAGCUAAUUUUUCUUGCCCUCCGUUCUUGGGUGCCAGGGCCCAGGCUCGUCCACUGCUACCCCUUAAUGUCUCUCAGUUCUCUAAUUCAUCCCCGCCUACAGUUCCUCUCGCAGGAGCAAGAGCUGACGCUGCAGCAGCCCCUCCUGUGAGAAAUUCUAGAACUAGGUGGAACAUAAGGCGUAGCCAUAACAGGAAGUUCUCACCUGGCUUCUCUCACUCUGCAAGACGUACCAUCAGGCGCAGAAUGGGAGACUGGAACUGUGCUUGGUGUCAUUCAACGAAUUUCUUAUGGCGAAAGAUGUGUUUUAAAUGUAAAAAAUCCUGUCACACAAGGGCAAGUAGAGGCUCUGCCCCCAAUCAGGGACCUCGCUGA